AUGAUUGCGGGUGCACUGGCUAGAUGUGGUGCUGCCACAAUAAUGUAUCCAAUAGAUGUUUGUAAAACUAGAAUGCAAUUUCAGAGACGUUCCGCUCACUUUCAUACAGUAUACAGAAACAGUUUCCAUUGUUUGUCUAGUAUGAUGAAAACAGAAAGAUUUGGAAUAUAUAGAGGAUUAUCACUGCGAUUGUUUUAUAUUGGUCCAGGUGCUGCAAUUACAUUUACAGCUUAUGAAGGAUAUAAAAAACAUGCAGAAAAAGCCAAACAAAAAGGGGAAAGUAUUCUUACAUCUGGAGCCUUAUAUUCUCUAAUUAUUGGUGGAUUGGGAAGAGCAGUCGAGUCAGGAAUUAAAACUCCUUUCAACAUUAUAAAACAACAAUUGCAAGUUGAGGGACAAUUGACAACCCAGUUCAACCGAGGAUUGGUAAAAUCAGUGAAACAUAUUAUGGAAACAAAAGGAGUUGGUGGAUUAUUUGUUGGAUAUUCUGUUACACUUUGUAGAGAUUUACCCUUCUCAUUUCUAUAUUUUGCAAGUUAUGAAUUUAUCAAAAACAAAUCAGAAAAUUAUUCCAUUCCACUUCUCAAAGACUAUGCUGCUGUUAGAGGUGCUAUUGCUGGAAGUUUUGCAUCUGUUUGUACUUUACCUUUUGAUGUGAUCAAAACAAGGAUACAAACACAACACAAAAUUUCAUCCGAUGCACACUAUUCAGGUUAUAAGGAUGCUGUCUCUAAAAUAUUUAAACAAGAGGGUUUUGCUGGAUUUUUUAGAGGUAUAACUCCACGAUUAAUUUAUACAAUCCCGUCCACUAGUAUUACAUUCCAUCUCUAUGAAGUAUUAAAAAAUUAUUUAAAAUAA